UCAUAAUGCAAACGACAUCGUUUCCGACAAGCGGGAACUUCCAAUCUUCUUUGCCGCCGAAACCGAUUUCCCAACUUCUGCAGUCUGAUAAAAACAAGAAAGUUGUGGUUCGUCAAAAUUCUGCCCGAAUACAAGAAGACUAAAGAGAAAUAGAAAAGGAAACGAAGAAUGCAGAUUCGAGUGAAGUGCAAUUGCGGUGAAGGGAAAUGCCCAGAAUGGGCAAUCGUAGAAUUGCAAGGCACAGUAGAAGCUCAACCCGCCGUCCAAGACCGCCUCCAAAACCUCAAGAUCGGCCUCCUCUGCCGCCCUUCUUCUCAGGAGGUGUAUAAUCUUACGGUUGGGUAUCAUGAAUUGAUUGGGUCGAAAGUGCCCUUGAAGAAGCCACUGUUGGUGCUGAAGAAAACUAAACACCCCGAGACCGAUAACCAGAGCGGUGACACUAUUUCUUCGUCUAGAGUUGAAUUGCACGUUGUUGGGAUCAUUCGGCAUCGGAUCUUGUUCAAGACCAGGCCUAAGGCCUUAAUUUCCAAAACACAACCAACAGUGAAGGAAAGAGCCAGCACGCCAGGUUCUGUUGUCUCAAACCAAACAGCAUGAAAUCCAUAUCGAAUUGGAAACUUCAGGUAUUAAAAGAGUCUUGUAUUUGGCUUAUCUUGAUGUAUGUAUUUGAAAACAAUUCAGCUUUAAAUGUUAAUGCGGUGGGAUUCUUUUA